UGGAAGGAACAAGUCAGUUGAGAGGAAAAAACUAAAAUAAUGGGCUCCCAAACAGUUCCCAAGCUUCCUGUUGUAGACUUAACAAAGGAAGACUUGAAGCCAGGCACUAGUUCUUGGCUUGGGACAUCCAAUGAAGUUCUAAGGGCACUAGAAGAGUAUGGUUGUUUUGUAGCAGUUUAUGAUAAACUUCCUUUGAAGCUUCACAACUCAAUGUUGGAGUCAUUGGAAGGGUUGUUUGAUCUCCCAGCAGAAACCAAAUUUCACAACACUGCCAAUGAAGAAGGAAUUACCUAUUAUGGGACUGCCAGUGAAGGUUUUCUCUUUGAGAAUGCAACAACUCUUGAGGGCACACAAAGAUUCACCAAUGUCUUGUGGCCUUCCACUGGAAAUGAUACUUUCUGGUAAUAACUUUAUCUACUUACUAUCAUAGUUCUUUGGCUCGCCUGUUGUUUAGA